AUGGCCUCAGAGGGCACUCCGGUGGAUACAACGUCAUCUCAGCCAAUAUCAGGGGAUCAGAAUGCCUCAGUAGAGGGUGAUAGUGCGAAGCGGAAAGCGGAACAGACCAACGGAACUCACACGCGCACAAAGCGGAAUCGCUAUAUCUCGAUCGCAUGCAAUGAAUGCAAGCGACGGAAGAUCAAGUGUAACGGUCAAGUACCGUGUCAACGCUGUGGACACCUCAAUCUUGAAUGUUACGAUACUGGCGCGUAUCAUAUGCUGAAUUAUGUUUCGAUAGGUCGAUAUGCCCCUAAUUGCUGCAAUAAUAAUUUCAAGGACUCCGAGGAGUUCCGCUCGAUGAAAGAUCAAAUUACUACUCUGCAAGAUCAAGUCAAUAGCCUAUUCAGUAGUCUGAAUGAGCUGCGUUCUCAGAGAUCUUCCAUUGAUUCACCGAGUUUCGAUAACUUUUCACGCGAUGGAUCGCAGCCUGUCUUUACUCCUAUGCAUGCUGGGCUAGCCAAACCACGCAUGAGGCACCCCCGGUUUCAUGGCCCCACUAGCUCUACCUUUAAUUUCAAUGUAGCAAGAUCCAGUCUUCAAAGCAUGGGCCUCGCUCCAACAGAAGAAGUGAUAACAGACGACUUGACCACCGCACAUGCCACACCUGCUGGCUCGCCUCCCCUUGUCACUCCAUUUGCACCUCAUGUCCAUCCUACUAAGGAUCCUAUAUGGGCAAUCAAACGUGAAGAUGCUCUGCGACUGUGUCAGAUCUACGAAGAAGAAAUUGGAAUCAUGUAUCCUCUCUUCGAGAUUGAAAAGGUGACUCAACAAAUCAACCUGCUUUAUACCUUCAUGGAGGCUGCAACGCGGACUGGGUUUGCGCAACGAGCGCUACCGGGCUCAGAUGGUCUCCAAGAUGACAAUACGAACCUUAUAAAGAUGAUCCUUGCCACAACGCUGGUCGUUGAGGGAGGUGGUCAGAGCGAACUUGGUCAACGGCUCUAUCUGAGUGUGAAGCCAGUCAUUGAGUCCAAGAUUUGGGAUCCACUGGAUAUCAGAACUGUUCAGCUCUUCGGCAUCGUGGCAACGUACCAUUUUCACACAGACGAUGAUGCAAUGGCAUACCGUCUCAUUGGAUUAGCUGCUCGCAUGUGCCUUGAAUUGGGCCUACAUCGACGGGAUGCCUUGGCCAAGUCAUUUCCUAAUGAAGAUCAGUGGCCUGAGAUCAUCAAGAUCUUCUGGGCAACUUAUAGCUUAGAUAGGCGCUGGAGCCUUGGCACUGGGCUACCCUUCGUCAUUCAGGACGAGGACAUUGAUCCCAAUUUACCAGAGCCGGAUGCAUCUCUGCCGUAUCUAAGGUGCAUGGUCUCAUACAACCGCAUUAGCUCGAAAAUAUGGUACUCCGGGCUUGGUUCAGAGGGUACAACGGACAUACGUCGGAAUGAAAUCGGUUAUUUAGACUACCAAAUUCUCCAGUGGUACAAACACGUCCCAGAUGCCUUGAAGUUCUACCCGGUCGAAUCACCAAAGCAUGGGGGGUCGGUUAAUCGGGGUCUUCGACGACUGCGUGUGUUGUUAUAUUUGCGUAUGAACCAGCUUCGCAUUCUUAUCUACCGACCGGUCCUUCAUUCAGCAGCUAGCAUCGCCGAAGACAAGGGCCAUGCUCAGACCGUGGUAGAUGUUGCCAAAGACACGGUUCGUGUGCUUACCAGGUUGAAUCAAACUUCCGACAUCUACCGCACCCAACAGAUCACAUUCAAUUACUUCCUUGUCGCCGCUCUGGCUGUUCUUUUCCUCGCUGUCUGCCAUGCACCGACCGAAUUCAACAGGCAGGUGCGAGACGAGUUCUACAUGGCCCUCGACCUGGUCAAUGGCUUCAGUACCAAAUCGUACGUAUCGAAGCGGCUGUGGAAGGCCAUCAAAGGUCUUCGAAAGAUUGGCGAAAGAUUGGGCGUGCUUGUGCGCCCGUUCGGGUCAGAUUCUAAUGACCCUCAUUCCACGGCGGCUGUUGCCAUGGCCGGCCUAGCCGGCCAUCCAAUCGAAAAUCUGUCGGUGUAUGGGUCUAUGAAUGGGGUAAAUGAGCUCGGGAAUAGCCCAUUGAAUGGACUUCAAAUGAGCCAUGAGCUGACAACCUUGUUCGAGGCUGUGGGAGGGUUUGGCAACUUCAUCGCGUCUAGCACCACACAAGACGGGUUAAGUGGAUUUGUAGGCCCCGAUGGAGAAAUACAAAACACGGGAGAGGGCCUUUCUGGUAUCCUCGGAGAUGACGGUGAACUAUCACGAACCAUAAGGGAAUUGUUUUAA